AUGAACACCUUCACCGUCUUCGCCGCUUUGUUGCUCCUUUCUUGGGAAAUCAGCGCCCAUUCGCACGACAGUUACACGUCUCAACCACACCCGAAUUUACCUGCCUCAGAGGGUUACAAUAGCCCUAGCCUUCCUUCCCAUGCCGUGGUACCGACUCAUAAUCUUACCCCGCUCAGGGGCUCUAACAGCCAGGUCUCGAAUGGCUCAAAUGGCUAUCUCGAGCCGGUGUUUAGUGGCCAUGCUACUCCUCAACCCGACUCGGCUCUUCAUGGGGGAGCCAAUUCUGGCGCUUACGCGAAAUCAGGAGCGACGACAGUUCGGCCGGUGCACCCGAAUACAAGUCUUCCAGAAGAAGGAACCAUGGUCCCCGGCGCUGUCGAUACGAAAUACGGCUCAGCGCUUCAUUCAGGCGGAGAACCCAAGCAAGCUGGAGCGAUGCCGGACUAUAUCCCAACUUUCCAGCCAUUCGGUGGCCGUCAAUCCGCCCCAGUUUCCCCCGGAUACCUGGCACCCUCGCCCAAGCGAAACCUCAUCGCCGCCAGAACCUCCCGAUGCUUCAUCCCAAACCGGUGCAGAGCUCCCGUCCAUUGCGUCUCUCCUGCCAGCUGUAGAACUUUGGCUAAAUACUGCUGGAAAAAGGCUAGCCGGUGUGGUUACACUUACUGA